AUAUAACCAAACUUCAUAUUCAGAAGUCAGACCCCCUCUCUCUCUCUCUCGCGCGCGCGCGCGCGCGCAAAGCAAUGGCCGCGACGAUCUCUCAGCUCUCGUGCUUCGCUGCAGUGAACGGCGGUGUGAGGCUACGGAGGAGGCUAUCAUUUGCAAGCCCAUCGCUGCGCUGCUCCAAGUUUACAGUUUUUAUGAGCCUUGAAGGGCGCCGGACAGAUGCUUCCAGUCCUGACGUUAAGAGUACUCUAAGGUAUACAGCGGAUGCAUCGGAAUUGAAUGUCGGAGGAACAUCAAAGUCAUACCCGGAUUUAGUAGAAGAUGCUGCUGGAAAGUUGGGAAUGGAUGAGCCAGUUCUAGAAAACGAUAUCAUUCAGCCAAAAAGAGGAGCAAAAAUCCAUGAUUUUUGUUUUGGCAUUCCCUUUGGUGGACUUGUUUUAAGUGGUGGACUUCUUGGUUUUGUUUUCUCAAGAAAUCCUGCAACUCUGACUACUGGUGUGCUCUACGGAGGUGCUUUGCUAGCUCUCAGCACCUUUAGCUUAAAGAUCUGGAGGCUAGGAAAAUCCAGUUUACCGUUCAUUCUAGGACAAGCAGCACUGUCGGUGGUCCUUCUUUGGAAGAACUUUCAGGCGUAUUCAUUGACGAAGAAAGUAUUUCCAACAGGUUUUUACGCUGCUAUUAGUGCUGCAAUGCUUUGCUUCUAUUCAUAUGUGCUGAUUUCGGGGGGAAACCCACCACCAAAGAAGUUGAAGUCAUCUCCAAGUGUUGCAUCAUGGUGAGAACCCCCAAGGGUCUGAAAUGAAAAGAUAUUAAAGGUUAGGACAUUUUGAGAUUAGAUGCUGCAUUGUGAUUUCAAGGGUUAUAGGUAAAUAAGCCCCAAGUUGCUUAAAUAAACAGAAAUUAGGUGAACUAUGAGCUGAGCAAGUGUGUAUUUUUUCUUUGUAUGGUGAGAUACUCUAUUGACAAUAAGUACUAUUUCUUAAUGUAAACGACCAGCAAGAUUUUUUUUUU